AUGUCGAACCAGGACGCUCAGGUAUUUAAUUGGCACUACGACACAGAGCUGGACGACCAGAACCUUGGAAUCCGAGGCCGCAAACUCUUCUUCAUCAUCGUUCUCUUCUCCAUUAUCCUCAUCUUCUUCGCUCUCUUCCUCUGCGCUCGCUGGAUCUGCCGCUACCACGGCCUUCUCCCAACCACGUUCGGCUCAAUCCAACCGCACCACGCGCCGCCACAUCUGCCACCGCAGGGGCUCGACGCCGAGACGAUAAAGAAACUGCCGAUUAUCUUGCACCAUACGGCGGCGUCGGGUCCGAAUCGCGCAUUGGAGGAAACGGAGUGUUGCAUCUGCUUGAGCGCGUUCAGUGAUGGCGAGAAGUUGAAGGUUUUGCCUGGAUGUGAACAUUGCUUCCAUUGCGAGUGCGUUGAUAAGUGGCUAGCGAAUCACUCGAGUUGUCCUCUUUGCAGAGCUUCUCUCAAGUUUGAUUCUUCGUUUCCUGAGAUUUUGAUCCAAGAACCACCCAUUAGAAUUAAUCUUCAAUUCUGA